AUGCCCGACCUAACCUCCAGCCUCCUCUCCAACUGGAAAUGUCUAGCAGCAUGUACUCUCGUCUCCAUGUCCCCCUUCCAAUACGGCAUCGACUUUGGCGCCAUCGGCGGUCUACAAGCCAUGCGCGGCUUUCUUGAAGUCUUCGGCCACCCAGACCCCACCGUACCAACCGGCUACAACAUUUCUACAGAGCGCCAACAGCUCAUUUCCUCGUUGAUGACGCUGGGUGCUUUCCUCAGCUCCUCGUUCGCCGGUGUCUUGGCAACGAGACUGGGGAGGAGACAGUGUCUUUGGAUGGCCAGUGUGCUCUGCUGCGUUGCGAAUAUCGUCAUGAUGACUACGACGAGUAUGGGGGGUUUGUACGCAGGGAGACUGCUGAUUGGUAUCGCGAAUGGAUGGUACAUGACGUUUUCGCAGUUGUAUAUCCAGGAAUCUGCACCGGCGCGCUACCGCGGUCUCAUGAUCUCCGUCUUCCAGAUAUGGACCUCGGUUGGCACACUCAUCGGGACCGUCAUCGACAACGCGACACACGACAUGCAGGGUCGUAACUCGUACAUCAUUCCGCUUGGCACCAUCUUCAUCGUCCCGUUCUUCAUGUCCAUUGGCAUGUUUUUCAUCCCCGAGUCGCCGCGUUGGCUCAUCCUGGUGGACAGACCAGCACAGGCAGAGAAGGCACUACUCUGGAUGCGUCCUCAUCCCGAAAGCGUACCCGGAGAAGUAGCAGAGAUCCAAGCUGCCAUUGACGCGGAAAAAGCCGUCAAGUCAAGCGCGAAUUUCUUGGAUAUCUGGAAGGAUCCUGUGGAUCGGCGACGCACGUUAUUGGCUAUUGCGGCGGUAUCGACGCAGGCCGCAUCUGGUGCCAUGUUUAUGAUUGCGUACGGAACGUACUUCUUCCAGAUGGCCAAUGUCGGAAGUCCUUUUAUGAACUCGUGCAUUUUGACCUCGGUGGGUGUCCUCGUCAUCAUGGUGAACAGCAGCGUCAUCUCCAAAAUCGGCCGUCGACGCGUUUUUCUCAUGACUGGUCUUUCCAUCUGUGGCGUUACGCAGCUAAUCAUUGCGGCUGUAUACCAUGUCCAUCCUGGGACUACCAGCACGGGAAAAGUCAUCGUUGGUCUUUCAGUCGUGUACAUCAUAGGCUACAACGGCAUGAUCGCCGCCUACGCUUGGCUCACCGGCGGAGAAAUCCCAUCGCAGCGUCUCCGUUCCUACACUUUUGGAAUCGCAUCUGCUGUUGGCUUCGCAGGUGCCUGGCUUGCCACUUUUACAGCUCCCUACUUUAUCAAUCCCGAGUCGCUAAACUGGGGACCCGAGUACGGCUGGAUCUGGGGCCCGUCUUGUUUCAUAACCGUCAUCUGGGUCUACUUUUACCUCCCCGAGAUCAAGAACCGCACGCUCGAGGAAAUCGACGAGAUGUUUGAAGCUAGGCUCCCUGCGCGCAAGUUCAGAAAGUAUGUUUGUACCGGGAGGGUGUUGGCUGGUGAUGGGAAUGAGAAGCUUGGUAGUGAGAGAAGGAAUAGCGAGAAGGAUGGUAGCGAGAAAGAUCAGGUUGUACACCAGGAGGUUGUUGAUGUAGGGGAGAAGGGCGCAUGA